UGUAUUUGUUGUGUAACAUAGUGAGAUAAAUGGCUCUCAGUUGUCUCUGUUUUACAGGGGAUUUCCAGGUAGUUGGUCCAAAGGGUCCUCUUUCUGCUGUUGCUGGUGAAGAACUGGUCCUUCCCUGCUCCCUGAAGCCCAGUACGAAUGCUGAAGGGAUGACUGUGGAGUGGUUUAGACUGGACCAGACAGGACAGAGUUCCUCAGUGCACCUUUAUAAAGACCACACCGACAUGAACACCAAACAAAUGCCGUCUUACAGGGGCAGAACAUCCCUCUUCAAGGACGAACUUAAGAAAGGAAAUGCUUCACUGCACCUCAAACAACUGCGCGUUGCUGAUACAGGAUACUAUAAAUGCUUGAUAGUGUCUAAAGACUACGGUUAUGUCUCAAUACAACUCAAUGUUAUUGCCGUAGGUUCACAGCCAGUGAUUUCUUUGGAUAAAGUUGAUGGAGAAGGAUUCAGCUUAGUGUGUGAAUCCUCUGGAUGGAACCCUGAGCCAUCAGUUGAUUGGUCUGACGGCAAGGGGAGAACACUAUCAGCUGACCCCACAGAGUGGAACUCUGAUGGGUUCACGGUCAGACGACGCCUGGUUGUGGAAGUGGGAAAAGAACAGCGAGUACAUCUGUAGAGUCUCCCGGGCUGACAAAAUGAAGGAGACCAUCUUUCACAUUAAUGGUGCUUCAGUUUUUCGCUACUUUUAUAAUAUGACUGAAUUUCUAACGUUACCAUAUUGUACAGAGAUUCAUGUUUCUGUUUUUGCACCUUUUUUGUCUUAACUGUCUUAACUGACUCAAUGUUUUUUUUUUUUUACCUUUUGUAGAAGGAUGGUUUCAUUUUCCAGAACAUCUAUUAAUCACUGCGUCAUUACUGGCUGUGUUUUUUGCUCUGAUCUGUUUGCUUCUUUUGUUUUAUCUUUGUGGGGGUGUAGAGUGGU